AUGGUUGCAAACCUGUGCGGUGCCAAGGAAACAACUGGUGUGGUUCGAGGCAAGCAUAUCUCAUCAUGUGGAGGUUCCACCAGCAGAGGGCGGUUUGCUGAGGUGUCAGGAUUGGAGGGGAAGCUGUCGGCAGCAGAGGUUGACUUGACCAAGCUAUUGGUGCGUGUGGAGGAGGCAGAGAGAUUGGCAGAGGGAAGGAAUAGCAGUCUAGAGGAGAAAGAGAAGGCAGUUUGGGAGGCUGAGGCAAGUAUAGCCAGUUUACAGCAGGAGGUGAAGGAUUUUCAAACACAGCAUCAGCAAGAGGUCAGCAGGGAGGUCAGCAAGGCCAAGGAACAAUGGGAGGCCAAGCUAACAGGGGUAAGGUCAUUGGAGGAAAAGAUACAGGAAUUAACGAGGCAGCUGGAUGAGGCAGAAGAGAAGGUGGAACAAACAAAAGGGGAAGCAAAAAAACAGUGUGAAAAAUUAAAGGAGGAAUUAGAAGAAACGAAGAAAGACUUAGCCAAGAAGACUUUGGAAGCAAAGAGAGAUGAAGAGAAGAAGACUUUGGAUGCAAAAAAGGAUGGUGAGAAGAAACUAGAUGAGAUAAAAAGAGAGAUGGAGGAUAUAAUGAAAAAGGCACAAUUAGCAGAGAAAAGGGCAGAGGAGGCCAGCAGGAGGGAGGAGGCAGCUAGAGGUGAGAAGUUAGCAGCAGAAUUGAAUGCCUGGGAGAUGGAAGGCAAGAUUGAUCCUCUUAAGGAUGAACUAAGUCACUACCUGGAAGCUGCAAACACCCUAAAGACUGAGCAAGUUGAGAGUGAGAGGGAGGAAAUGCAUAGGAAAGUGAAGGAGGUGAAAGAGGAGUUUGACAAUUACCGGCAAGUGAUACUGAUGCUGGACAGACAGAGAGGACUGGUGUCCUGUGCAGCAGAGGUGCAGAGGGAGAGAGAGGAGAAAUUAGAGAGGCAGGUCUACAGUUUGGAGAAGAUCAACAGAGCUCUGCAUCAUAACCUUCUCUCUCUGCAAAGAGAGAGAAGAGCAAUCACUGUGGAAGAAGAAAAGAAGGAAAAUGAAGAAGAGAGAACAGACAAUGGACAAAUGAUGAUGGAAGAAGAGGAGGAGGAAGUUAAUAAAUAUAUGGAUAAAAUGGAGAAAAUGAUGGUGGAUGAUUAUUAUAAAGGAGAUGAAGAUGAGGAGGAGGAGGAGAACCAUCUGAAAAUCAAAGUUAAAGGUUAUAAUAAGACUCUGAUGAGCUUAGAAAUGUGUUACUUUAUUUUUACUAAUCAGUUGAAAGCCACAAUGCAAGAAAUAGAGGCUAAUGAGAAACCUCACAGCACAAUAGGUCCCAAACCAAAGAGCACCACAGCAGCACCCAAACUGCCACUCCUUAAGGGUGCAGCAGCACAGAGAUUCUCAGCACUGAUGAAAAUAAAGGAGAGAAUGUGGAAACUAAAAGGGAAAGUGGAGUCUUUGGGGAAGUCUGCCCAUCUUCUUCACAUGGAGUUUGAGAACUAUAUGGAGGGAUUGUUGGAUCAAAGCACAAGUCUAGAGAAACUGCAGCACCAAGUGGAGCAAGAAGUGGUAGAUAUGAAGGAGAGGCUGGUACAAGUUGUUCUUCACCUAAGAGAAAUGGGAGGACGCCUCAUCUCUCACUCAAAAAUGGCUGAGAAAUUGAUGGUGCAGAUUUCAGAGAAGUUGAAGGAGAUGGAGGAAGAGGAGGAGGGAAUGAAGGACAAAGACAAGGCAACAGAUAGAUUACAGCUUCCGUAGGACUGCAGACCAAGAGAGACGAACAGGCCUCCAUGUAUACCAACCUGCAUGGUGAUCUCACACGCAUGCAGGACAUGUACUCUCAAGCAGUGAGACGCACAGAAGAACUUGGCAACCUAAAUGCUGAGUUGACUUGGACAAAUGACCUCCUGAAGGCCCGCAAUGACCUACUGAAUGCUGAGAGCAAGGCACUGACAGGCCGAAUUGAGAAGCUGGAGGCCAAAAUAUCUGACCUCCAGUGCAAGAAUGACAUGCUGUCCAUGUAUGCUGACCAGCAGAAAAGCUACAUGUACGUCAGGGAGAACGAACUCCUGAAGGAUGAAAUCUUAGCCUGUAGAGAAAGAAAUGUUGAAUUUUCUGAGCAAGAAGAAGGAAAGCCGUCCUCCCCUACAGCCCUAGUGAAAAAUGAAGUUGAUGAGGAAAAAAUGGAGGAGACAGAGAAAAUGAAAGAAGAGAAGGA